UUUCAACCAGUUUAAGUUUUACCAUGAAAGAGACUUGCAUACAUACACCUUCAACAGCACAGUAUUUCUAGUUAAUUUGUGUUUCUAAUUUUUUUUAUUUAAUCAUCAUGAUCACGUCCAGUGUUUAAUAUUUUACCAUGGAUUUAUUUGGACUGCUUACUUGUAUUAUAAUAUCCUUUUUAAUUGAAGGAAUCAAAGGGUCCAGAUGGAAGACUCCGUUGAACGAUUAUAUAUUUGAUUAUGAUGUAGUUGAAUACAAUGCUCAUCACGUCCAUCAUAGAGUCAGAAGGCACAUUGAGGCCAUAAAAUCAUCUUCAUCUUUGCCAUCUUUUAAAGGAUCAAACGGAUCCUCAUCACCUUUAGACCCUAUUCAAAUUAAUUUUAAAGCCAAAGGAAAAGUAUUUAACCUUAGCUUAAGGCCAGAAGUGCGGUCGGCCUUUUCUGAAUCUCUAAUUGUUGAAGAUUCAACAGGGAAACCGAUUACUAUCAAUUUCGAUCAUAUAGUUUCUGGACAGCUCGAGAAUGAGCCUGGCCUUACAAAAGUGUAUGGUUCAAUCCAUGAUGGAGUUUUUGAAGGCAAAAUACACACAAUUGAUCAAACCUAUUAUGUUGAAAGAACUGGAAAAUAUUAUAAAGAUUUGAAAGAGAAAGGACACAAUGUAACUAGCCAUUCAAUAAUUUAUUCAGCAGAUGAUGUUCAUCAUGACCAUGAUCACGAGCUUGGCGCUGGCUGUGGAAGUGAUGAAAUAUAUAAAUGGAUGGAAGAGAUAAGCAAUUCUGCUGUCCCUGAAUCUAGUGAAGAAAAAAAGAAAGCUAAGUCAGGCAAAGAAAGUGAAGAAAAGUCACAUCAUAAUUAUUAUAGUGAACCAAUGGAAACGGUUAUCCACCAUCGAACGAAAAGAGAUUCUCAAACUACAAGGGGACGAUACAGAACGCAACCACUUCAUGGUUCAGCUGACAAUGUCUGGUUUCGUGCUCAACCACGUAUCUCAACUAGAAAUGAGAAUCAUAUUCCCAGCAAUCCAAGUAAUAAUUAUCAACGAGAGAAUGUUCCUCUUCAACAAAAGCGAGCUUGUUCUCUAUACAUUCAAACAGACACUUAUCUUUGGGAUCACAUUCGAAAAGAUGUUUCAUCAGAUAUAAAAGCAAGAGAAGAAAUCGCAUCACUGGUAGCACAACAUAUUAAAGCUGUGAAUCAUAUUUACGAGAGUGCCAAUUUUCAAGGUAUUCGAGGCCUUAAAUUCAUCGUUCAAAGACUUAAAAUUAAUGAAUCUUCAGCUUGUGAUGAUCAAGUCAAGAGGGAUCAAAAUCCUUUUUGCUCACCUAACAUCGAUGUUUCUAAUUUCUUAAACCUUAAUAGUCAGUUUAAUCACAACGAUUUUUGCCUCGCUUACAUAUUUACUUAUCGUGAUUUCUCUGGUGGCACUCUUGGAUUAGCUUGGGUUGCCUCUACUUCUGGUGCAUCUGGUGGUAUCUGUGAAAAAUACAAAUCAUACACGGAAAAUAUCCAUGGUCGUCAAGUUCAAACUAAAAGAAGUCUCAACACAGGAAUAAUAACAUUUGUUAAUUAUAACUCACGCGUACCACCAAAAGUAUCUGAACUCACUUUAGCUCAUGAAAUUGGCCAUAAUUUUGGCUCUCCUCAUGAUUUUCCACCUGCUUGUAGGCCUGGUGGAGCUCUGGGUAAUUAUAUUAUGUACUCAUCGGCUACCUCUGGAGAAAGAGCCAACAACAACAAAUUUUCACCUUGUUCAGUGAGAAACAUUUCAGCAGUCUUGAAUGCUGUUUUCCACCAAGAAGGAAAAGAAAAUUGUUUUGAAGUGGACAAUGGUGCGUUCUGUGGUAACAAAAUUGUCGAAGAUAGCGAAGAAUGUGAUUGUGGUUACGACGCAAAGGAGUGUCAUGAAAAGUGUUGCUUCCCAAGAGAAUAUGAUACUUACUUAGGCCGUUACCCUGAUGCCAAGCCAUGUAAAAGACGUACUGGAGCUUUUUGUUCUCCCUCAGAGGGCCCUUGUUGCAAAGAAGCAUGUGACUUUGAAACGUCUGAUAAGUUGUGCCGACAUGAAACCGAAUGUACUUUUGAGUCAUUCUGUAACGGAAAUUCAGCACAAUGUCCGGCACCUCCAGUUAAACCUGAUAAAACGGAAUGCAAUGGAGGCACUCAAGUUUGUAUACAAGGAACUUGCUCUGGCUCCAUUUGUCAAAAAUACGACAUGGAAGAGUGUUUCCUUACAUUCAAGAGUGGUGCUAAACCAGAUGAAAUGUGUGAAGUUGCCUGUCAACGAAUCAAAGAUCCUAAAACAUGUAGACGAACCUCUGAAAUUGAACAAAUGCGCAACAUUAGUGGACUUAAAUUACGUCCUGGAUCGCCUUGUAAUGACUUCCAAGGUUAUUGUGAUGUUUUCCAAAGAUGUCGAGCUGUUGAUGCUGAAGGACCUUUAGUUAGGUUAAAAAAUUUACUUUGGAAUCAUAAAACUUUACUUACAAUUAAGCAAUGGGCUACGACCUACUGGUGGGCCUGUAUGUUAAUGGCUAUUGCCAUUCUUUUAUUCAUGGCAGCCUUUAUCAAGUGCUGUGCUGUACAUACUCCUAGUUCAAAUCCAAAAAAGCGACCUGCGCUCAAGAUAACAGAUACUCUUCGUCGUCCAGCGGAUACUCUUAGGCGAAAGCGCCCGCGAUCUACUCAUUCGAGACCUGCCAAUCAAUCAUCAUCAUCAUCGUCAAACCAUGGAGCAAAUAUACCUUUACAACCAUCUGCUCCUUUAUUCACAGAUGUAUCAGUUAAUCAAGCCUCAUCAUCUUAUAAUCAAUCCUGUGGGUUAAAUAUGCAGCAUACACAAUUAGUUGUUGCCUUACCUCCCGAAAAUCAUGUACACUCCGGAGGAAGCGGAAACAUGAAUUAUUCUUCUAGCUCAUCUUCUGACCCACCUCCACCUUAUCCAGGAAUCGGACUAGGUUUACCACCGCCACCACCUCCUAUUUCACGUAUACCAACCUCCAGCUCUUCAGGUCCUUCUCAUGGAUAUGGUGAAGGACGAGGUCAUUAUAAUCGCAAAGGCCAAACAGCUGUACCAACGGGGAACAAAAGUCAUCAUAACAGUGUAUCUAGUAGAUCUCGGCAUAUGAGAUGAUGGCUUUGAUUUUACAAACGAAGUCUUUUUUUUAAUUUUAAUCCGUACAGUACGGAAUCCCUACUUGGACCUUCACUGGCUUGUAUUUUAUCUGCCAUCUAUCAACUUUAACAACAUUUCAUUUUAAACUGAACUUGUUCUGAUUUUAUUGGAAAAAAAGUAAAAGUUUUUUCAUCAUUUUUAAAAAAAACAAUAGGUGACUUUAUAAUUUUUUUUCCGCUCGCCAAGUGAAGGCUCCGGUAUAUUUCCUGAAAAAUGAUUAAUGUCAAUAGCACAAAGCUAUCAUGACAAAAGUGAAGGGCUCAAUGUUGACCUUUGUAUUUUUUGCUUCUGUCUUAAUGUGCACCUUCACGCUACACAUAAACUCAUUUUCAUUGUUAUCAUCAUUCGUCUUCAUUUUCAUUUUCAUUCAUUUUGAAAAUAAAUAAUUUAUAAAGGUAUCGUUUAACCAA